GGGCCGGAGGCGGUUUCUUGUUGGGGCGUGUGUGUGUGUGUGUGUGUGUGUGUGUGUGUGUGUGUGUGUGUGUUUUUGAGGGGAUUAAGGGGUACGUAAAGGCGAAACAGAACAGUCCAUGGCGGCAGCGGAGGAGGAGGACGGGGGCCCCGAAGGGCCAAACCGCGAGCGGGGCGGGGCGGGCGCGACCUUCGAAUGUAAUAUAUGUCUGGAGACUGCUCGCGAAGCUGUGGUCAGUGUGUGUGGCCACCUGUACUGUUGGCCCUGUCUUCAUCAGUGGCUGGAGACACGGCCAGAGCGGCAAGAAUGCCCAGUGUGUAAAGCUGGGAUCAGCAGAGAAAAGGUUGUCCCUCUUUAUGGUCGAGGGAGCCAGAAGCCCCAGGACCCCAGAUUGAAAACUCCACCCCGCCCCCAGGGCCAGCGACCAGCUCCGGAGAGCAGAGGGGGAUUCCAGUCAUUUGGUGAUACCGGGGGCUUUCACUUCUCAUUUGGUGUUGGUGCUUUUCCCUUUGGCUUUUUCACCACCGUCUUCAACACCCAUGACCCAUUGCGUCGGGGUACAGGUGUGGAUCUGGGACAGGGUCACUCGGCCUCCAGCUGGCAGGACUCCCUGUUCCUGUUUCUCGCCAUCUUCUUCUUUUUCUGGCUGCUCAGUAUUUGAGUUUUGUCUCCUUCCUACCCACCUCCGGCCAGAGGAGAAUCAGUAUUGGGGGUCCUUGCUGACCCUUCCUGACUCCUGGCCCCUCCUCCCCAACCACUCCAUUUGUACUGGCUGAGGCCAACCCUGGCCACUUUCUAGGAGGGUGCGGGGAGGAGGAGUGACAGAAUAUGGAAGAACCUUCUGCUCUGAACUCACUGAGUAGCAUCAUAACUCCCAGCUCUGGGACGGGAGGACAGACAGAAGAGAAUGUCUGUUUCUUCUCUCUAUUGAUCCUUUGCUUCCCACGAAAUUUCUUGAUUUGGUGUUGAAAGAUGGGCAAGUCUCCCUCUGAUUCUCCCCUACUUUCCCCUUGUUGAUUUAACUUAAUUUUUCUCUCCCCAGUGUCUAUUAUGGGUUCUGACUUAAGUGCUUCCUUCCCCUCACUACCUCCUUUAUUAUAAAUUGAAUAAACAAGGUGAGAUGUAUUGAUGGAA